AACCAGGAAACCUAGAAAUGCCGCCUGUAUCCACAUGUGGGAUGUUGCAGGACUCCGUGGCCUUGGAGGAUGUUAAUGUGGAGUUCACCAUGGAGGAGUGGGCUUUCCUGGAUCCGACCCAGAAGAAACUCUACAGAGAGGUGAUGCAGGAAACCUUCUGGAACCUGGCAUCAAUAGCAUGUAUUUUAGAAGACAAACAGGAAGACCAGGACAGUGAAGAUCACUAUGAAAAUCAUGGGCUGAACCUUAGCAAUCAUAUGGUAGAGAGACUCUGUAAAAGGAAGGAUGGUAAUCAAUAUAGAGAAACCUUCAACCAGAUUCCAAAUCAUAAUGAAAAGAAGAAAUCUCCUACUGAAAUAAAACAACCUACAUCCAAGUUGUGUAGACAAGUCUUCAAGCGUUUGUCCUUUAGGAACCACAUGAGCUCUCACACUGGACCCCACCUAGACCAGCAUAAGAAAUAUGAAGAUAAGCCUUAUAAAUGUGUUCAGUAAUUCAACAGUAAAGAUCCAGCAUAGGUUGGAUUUUCCUGCAAGCCCAGAGGUGUCCACCAUAUGGUGGCAACAAAUGUAGACCGUCAUG